GUAGGCAAAUACAGCAGAGGGAGAACAGAGAGGCCUCUGUGUGUGUGUGUCAGACUGCUCAACAGCAUCAUGGACACAGAAUAUUCUAAGAGGGUCUACCAAGGUGUUCGAGUCAAGCACACAGUCAAAGACCUGCUGGCGGAGAAGCGAUCCCGACAGACAAAUGGGCCGAGAUACAGUGGAGGAUCGACCACUCCACCUUCUUUUGUCCAGAUGCCAGGGUCUCACAUGCUGCCCAGCUACUAUGGCAUGAGACGUCCCUUCAUCUCCGACUCAGACUUCUGCCCGUCCACCAAGCAGUUCUCUCCUGAUGUCUACUCCUCCACACUCGGGGGUAAACCUCUGGGUUGUGAGCCCUCCACCAUGAGCAGCUACUCCUCCCUCAUCGACAGCUACUACCCCGAGACUUUCGGCGACUACCGCAGCGCCGCCGCCUUCUCCAGCUCAGGAGGAUCCUUCCUGCCCUCGUCGGCCCUCUCGUCCCUGCUGCCUCCCUUCAGUGGAGAGUCCUCACAUUUAUUUCUGAGGGACUCAUGGGAGCAGUCGGUUCCAGAGCCAGUAUCGCAGGUGGAGGCUCUCUGUCCAGACAGCCUGACCUCCGUCAGCGUCCCGCCCUCCAUGCCCAGCCCAGAGCCCCCUGGGAGUCCCUCACAGUACCGCUCCCCCAGCCGAGGCACCUCCAUGGGCCCGGUGUCCAGCAGCCAGCCCUACACCCUGCACUCCCUGGAGGACGCUCACUACCACCCCUUAACCGCCAGCAGCUCCUACGCAGUCCCCUCCUCCUCCUUCCCCUGCCCUCCCUACAUGAGCAGCCCCGUCAGCGACCUGGUGUCCAAGAUGGUGACAGAGGAUGCAGCCGACAGCCACGGCAGCCUCCCCCCCAACGGCGAGCCUCACUCCUCCUGGGCUAAAGAGGAUGGAGUGAGCUCCUGGUCGCCCUAUGAGAUCAGGAGGACCUACUGACUGGAUGAGGGGCCAGAGGUUCAGAGGAGGUUUUACAGACAUUAACACAAAUCAGAAUAAGGUGGAGACGAAGGAACAUACCACUCUUCCUCUGCUGACACCAGCUUUAUGAACUCAACAAGCACUUGACUAUGCAGAGAUAAUUCACAGGGAGGUUUUACUUUUGAAGGCUGUAAUUUGAUAGUAGGAUUGUGGUAGUUCACCAAGGUUUUCUUGUUGCAGCCUGAUCGGAUGGGAGAUUCCUGCUUAUUUGUAUGAAGAGUAAUGUCUUUUUUAUUUGAUGUGUAUGAAAAGGAGUGGACAGUAUGGACAUGAUAAGCCCCAAAACUAAUAGGGCCAUGACUUCUCAUGAUGUAUAAUAGGAAGAUUUGUUGUUGUCAUAGGAAAGCAGGAGUGCAUGUUAAAAAAUCUUAAAUGCUUCAGCAUAUUAGUGGCCCUUAUUUAAGAAGACGUCUUAAUAAAGAAUUACUUAAAGGAUGGGUUCACAGUUUUUCCAGUCUGUCUUAAAACAACAGUCUGGUGUCCAUAUGACCACUGAAAGAGGUUUUCCUUGCUGUAAUCAUUCCUCCUGUUCAGACUGGCUAUUCAAAGCUAUUAAAAUAAGCUGCC